AUGGAUCGUAGUUGGAUGAGAGCUAAUCGAUUAAGUGAUGAGUACGAACAUGGAGUGAUGGAAUUUCUAGAGUUUGCUGAAAGUAAUGCUAAAAAAGAUUUCCAUCCUCCUAAAAGUAAUGCUGAAGAUAGCCACCCUACGCUUUUUCUCUGUCCAUGUGUUCGUUGUGCAAAUAGAGAAUCAAAGCUUAGUAAGAAAGAAAUCAUGGAUCAUCUAAUUUGUCAAGGGAUUUGUCAAAGUUAUACACAAUGGAUAUGGCACGGUGAAGUGGUAGCAAAUUCAAAUGUGUCCCAAAAAGAUAAUGUUAGUGUAGAAAUGGAUGAUCGUCUGAAAGACAUGAUGUGUGAGAUUGAACAAGAUUCAUUUAAGAGGGCACGUGCGUAUGAUAGCUUAUGCAAUGACAAGGAUACACCUUUGUACCCGGGAUGCACAAAUUUUACACGUUUGUCAGCCGUGUUAAAAUUAUUUAAUCGGAAGGCAAUUAACGGGUGGACUGACAAAAGUUUUGCCGAAUUACUUCAACUGUUGACACAAAUGCUUCCAGAAGGUAACAUACUGCCAAGUCGUUAUUACGAGGCUAAGAAAAUAUUGUGUCCGAUGGGUUUGGAGUAUGAAAAGAUACAUGCAUGUCCUAAUGAUUGCAUAUUAUACAGAAAAGAGUUUAAGAGAUUAUUCGCUAAUGCAAACGAUGCAAAGAAUCUUAGAUGGCAUGCAGAAGAAAGAAAAUGUGAUGGACAAAUCCGCCAUGCAGCUGAUUCUUUGCAAUGGAAGAAAAUUGAUUAUUUGUUUCCAAAUUUUGGCAAAGAGUCGAGAAACCUUAGACUUGGACUUGCUACUGAUGGAAUGAAUCCGUUUGGUAAUCUAAAUACUAACCAUUCUUCUUGGCCUGUUCUUCUAAUGAUUUACAACCUAUCUCCUAGGUUGUCCAUGAAGCGUAAAUAUAUUAUGUUAUCCAUGAUGAUUUCGGGCCCAAAACAACCAGAAAAUGACAUAGAUGUUUAUCUAAGUCCACUGAUCGAUGAUUUAAAAGUGUUGUGGGAGGAAGGGGUGGAUGUUUUCGAUGCGCAUUCUGGUGAACAGUUCAAUAUGUGUGCCAUGUUGUUUUGCACCAUCAACGAUUUUCUGGCAUAUGGCAAUUUGUCUGGGUAUAAAGUUAAAGGGCAUAAAGCGUGUCCUAUAUGUGAAAAAGACACAUGUUACCAUCAGCUUGAAAAAGGAAAGAAGACUGUUUAUCUCGGGCAUCGAAAAUUUCUAAAUCGUUAUCAUCCAUAUCGUAGAUUACCGGACCACUUUCAAUGGGGAACAAGAGCAUGGUGUUGCUCCAAAGCCCUUAACUGGAGAGGAAGUUUAUCAACGACAACAGGACAUUACUGCUGUCUUUGGAAAGUACCAAAAGCGGCCCAUUGUGAAAAAUAUAUGGAAAAGAGGUCGGUUUUCUUCGAUCUUCCAUAUUGGUCUAGUCUUGAGGUAAGACAUUGUAUUGAUGUGAUGCACGUGGAGAAAAAUGUAUGUGAUAGUGUAAUCGGAACACUUCUCAACAUUCAAGGCAAGACAAUGGAUGGUAUUAAUACUCGUCUAGAUUUGGGCGUGAUGGGUAUACGAGAAGAGCUAACUCCACAAUAUAUAGGUAACAAGACGUAUCUGCCUCCUGCCUGCUACACUUUAUCGAAAAAAGAGAAAACAAGUUUUUGUGAGUGUUUAGAAAGUAUCAAAGUGCCGCAUGGUUACUCAUCAAAUGUCAAGAGGCUUGUAUCAGUUAAAGAUCUCAAAUUAGUUGGCUUAAAAUCUCAUGACUGUCAUGUCUUAAUGCAACAACUACUACCAGUGGCUAUUCGUGGGAUAUUGCCUAAAAAUGUUAGGAAGACUAUAACUAGGUUGUGCCUGUUUUUCAAUGCAAUUUGUUGCAAAUCUAUUGAUCCAUUAAAGUUAGAAGAUUUGGAAAAUGAGGCUGCAGUUAUCUUGUGCCAAUUAGAGAUGUUUUUUCCUCCUUCAUUUUUUGACAUUAUGGUUCACUUGAUUGUUCAUCUAGUAAGGGAAAUUAGAUUAUAUGGUCCAAUUUUUUUACGGUGGAUGUAUCCAAUAGAGCGAUACAUGAAGAUCCUAAAAGGUUAUACCAAGAAACCACGUCGUCCGGAAGCAUCGAUUAUUGAGAGGUACAUUGCAGAAGAAGCAAUUGAGUUUUGUUCUAAUUAUUUGUCGGAAGUGAAUGCUGUAGGGGUUCCCAAGUCUCGUCAUGAUGGAAGAUGUGAGGGUGUGGGUACACAAGGUUUAAAGAUCAAGAGCUUAAGUAUUGAUGUGGUUGUUCAAGCGCAUCUGUAUAUAUUGAAUAACACGGAUGAAGUUCAACCUUACUUAUCUGCUCACAAAAGCAUCAUAAAGAAAAAUGCUUCAAAAACAAUUAAGUGGUUGUCCUAUGAGCCUAAAUGUAACAUAUUAACUUGGAGUGGAUACGAUAUUAAUACAUCUUCCUUUUAUACAAAGGCAAAGGAUGACCGUAGUACCACGCAAAAUAGUGGGGUUAUGAUUGUGGCCGAGUCCAUGCACUUCUCUAGUGCUAAAGAUAAAAACCCGGUUAUGGCAUCUACGCCCUACUUUGGGGUGAUUGAAGAUAUUUGGGAAGUUGAUUAUGUUGUGUUUAAAGUUCCUAUAUUUAAAUGCAAAUGGGUUGAUAUUAAUAGUGGUGUAAGAAUUGAUGAAUUUGGAGUUACACUGGUUGAUCUUAACAAUUUAGCUUAUGCGGACGACCUUUCAUCAUGGUGGUCAGUUGUUCUACAAGGAAAGGUGCAUGAUAGUGAUGAAAAUCAAGAUGCGAAUCUUGAUAUUUCAGAAACUCCUCCUUUCUCAACAAAUGUGCCUACCUUCAUUGAAGAAGAUGUAGAGGAUGAUGUGCAUGCUAUUCGCAUAGAUCAUGAAGAAGGGAUAUGGGAGAACUAG